GAAACGCCCCCCGACAAACAAAAAGAUAUAAAAAGCCGUUAAGAAACACUCAACUUGUGGUUCAUCAGAGUAUCACUGCGGUUUUUUAAAAGUAAAAACUUCAGAUUUUAAUUCUUUAGCCUUUUGUCAUGUUCACCAUGCAAUUGUACGGGUCAGCAAGCAUAUUGGAAACUGCUCUGUUGGUCUUCCUGGCAACUUUUCAACAAUGUGCCUCAGCACAGACUGAAACUCUUUCUCCACCAGAGGUCUCACAGCACAAUGGUACACUGUAUGCAGCUUGCAAAGUGAGACCCAGCACUUCUCUCCCUGAUGGCCUGCCCAAACUCUAUGGUCAGGUGUUGUUUAAACAGGAUCAUCCCCAGGGAAAACUCCAGGUUCUUCUUGGAUUAAGUGGCUUCCCCGACGAUGGCCCUCCACAGGCCAGAGCCGUGCACAUCCAUCAGUACGGAGACCUCAGCCGCGGAUGUGACUCAACCGGUGGCCACUACAAUCCAUAUGGUGUAAAUCACCCUAACCACCCGGGAGACUUUGGUAACUUUGAGCCUUAUCAAGGAAAAAUCAGUUCGCUGAUAGAAUCCGAUGCAAGGCUGUUUGGAGGCCUGUCUGUGUUUGGACGAGCUGUGGUUGUUCAUGAAAUGAUAGAUGACUUAGGGCGUGGUGGAGAUGCUGGGAGCCUGUUGCAUGGGAAUGCAGGCCGAAGGCUUGCCUGCUGUAUUAUUGGGAUUUCCUCUCCCAGUCUCUGGAAUACACAACAUAAGCGGUAUACUAGGCUGCUGAGAAGAAAUUAGUCUCAAAUUAGUGGCAUGUGCUGUUGCUCAGCCUGCAGAGCUUGUUUUUGCGUUUAAUACAUUUUGGACAUUCAGUUUUUGUAAUGUCAAAUAUACACUUUCAGAUAUUUGCAGUAGCUAAUCAGUAGUUGAAGUAAUAUUCCACAUCAGGAGAGCAGUUUGUUGCCUAGCUAAACUAGAAUAUUAAAAAAAAGCCAUAGAAUUCUGAUAAACUUUGAGAAAUAAAGAAUGAAAUCUUAACUGUUUUGACUCUUUUUAUUUAUUUAUCUUUUAUUUUUCUAUCAUCGAGGUUAAUAUUUGUAGUUUUUGACAGCUACUGAAUGUAUCGGUGGCAUAUUUUAUUCUCAUCUGGUUAAAUGUAGUAAUCUUUCCUCAGCACUGUCAGCACUUGCAUCUUUAGCGCUGAUUACAAAUAAAAGUUAACAUGCUGACCUUGUGAAUGCGUUCUGAGUUGAGCCUGUACAAGGUUUUCUUGUUCAAUGUAAAAAAAAAAAAAGAAACUCUGCAGUAGAUACAGUCACUAUAUAUCACAAUAUAUUAACUAAUAAAUCACCUUUUUUAUACUC